AUUUUAUUAUUAUAUUCUUAAAACCAGUUACCGCGUAAGAAAGAAAGAAUAAAUAGUGUAGAAGAGUUGAAUCAAAUCAAAGAAGGAUAGAUAGUGUGAAGAGAAGAGUUGAAUCAAAUCAAAGAAGGAUAGGAUAGGAUGUUGAGUGUGUUCGUUGUUGGGUUGAUUGUUGGGGUCUUAGCAGUUGUGAGUGUGGAAAUUGUUGGACUGUUGUUUGUGUUGAAUCGAUUGAACCGGAAGAUCAAACGAGAUUCUCAAUCUCAUGCAGCUGCCCAGAAUCCUCGACUCGAUUUCGCUUAUAACAAGCAGGGGAUUGUUUGGGUUGUUGAAUCGGAAAAACUUCCAGCCAGAGAGCAGAAGAGAAAGAAGGACAUGCCGUUGGACGUUUAUCCUGCUCGAAAACAUGCCAAAAUCCAAGACAACAAGCUAAUUUUGACCACGCAUUCUGAUGCUUCCCGCGCCACUAUCCCCCUCAAGGGCUGCGUCAUUGAGGCUGUUUCCGCUACUAACUUACCCUCAAGAAAAUGGGCCAAGAGAUUUCCAAUAAAAGUGGAAAGCAAGACUUCACUAAUCUACAAUGGAAGUAAAAUCAUUUACCUUUAUCUCGAGACUUCCUGGGAGAAGGAGUCAUGGUGCAACGCUCUUCGUCUUGCUUCAUGUGAGGACAAAGAAAAGCUGAAAUGGUUCACCAAGUUGAAUGUAGACUUCCAAGCUUACCUGGCUUCUUUAAAUACCGGAUAUCCAUCAUUUAUGAAACCCUCAUUAGGUUUUGGUGCUGAGCCAAUCGAUAAGGGAAGUAGCUUUGACGGAUCUUCAUCGAAAGUUAGAUUAUUAUGGAAAAAGAUUUCCAGAAAGGCUUUAAAGCCUGGUAUAGAAAAUAAGGGAAUUUUAACAAAUCAAUCUGCCCGUGAAGAGAGAAAAACUUGUGAGAAACGACAUCCAUUCCAAGAUUCAGUGACUAACAAGGUGCCUAACAGUUUGACUGAAGAAAAUAUGGCAUGUCCAUUACCACAAGGUUUUCCUCAAACAGCAAGUCAAAGCUGUACUUCUGUUGCUUCUGAUGCUGAUUCUGAACAAGACAGGCUUAAUUUCGAUGAAGGAACACUCUGCUGGAACUUAUUAAUUUCUCGAAUCUUUUUUGAUAUCAAAGGCAAUGCUGGGUUGAAAAAUUCCAUUAAGACACGAAUUCAGAGAACAUUGUCCAAUAUGAGGACCCCUAGUUACAUAGGUGAAGUCAUUUGUACUGAUGUAGACAUUGGGAAUCUCCCACCUUAUAUCCAUGCAAUGAGGCUUCUUGCCACGGACAUGAAUGAGGUAUGGGCAUUCGAAGUUGAUGCUGAAUAUUCUGGUGGAAUUCUGUUAGAUGUUGAGACAAGACUUGAAGUUCAAGACUUAGAUUUUCAAGAAGGCAUAGUAGAUACAAAUUCAGGAUCAAAUUCUGUUGAGAAUAUGUCUUCAGACCUUCUUGAAGGCUUUGAGCAUUUUGGAAAGCGUUUGAAUCUUCCUGAAGAGGAUGAGGUCAACCCUAAAGUUGAUGGUCUGAAAGGCUCAAAAGCUACAUCGACAACAAGUUAUGUGUCUCGAUGGAAAUCUGUUCUAAAUUCCAUAGCCAAACAGGUUUCCCAGGUGCCUUUGUCUUUGUCGAUAAGGGUUGUAUCCCUUCGAGGAACACUGCAGUUAUUUAUAAAGCCACCUCCUUCUGAUCAGUUAUGGUUUGGCUUCACAUCCAUGCCUGAUAUAGAGUUUGACCUUGAGUCUUCUGUUGGGGAACAAAAGAUUACUAGUGGACAUCUUGCUUUUUUCUUGAUCAGUCGGUUUAAGGCUGCAAUUAGGGAAACUAUGGUGCUUCCAAACCGUGAAAGUGCAUGCAUUCCUUGGAUGUUAGCAGAAAAAGAUGAUUGGGUCCCAAGGAAAGUUGCUCCAUUUAUAUGGCUUAAUCAAGAAGCAGUUUCUGAUAAUAACAUUGUGCGUGAAGCUCUAGGUCAUCAACUAAGUGACUCAAAAGCAAAGGAAAAUGGUAGGAAAUCCUCAAGUUCUCAUCAGGAAAGCAAGCAUCUAAAGCCGAAGGUGGAUUCCUUUCAGCCACCAAUCAUUGAGUCUGUAGCCAUGCCCUCAUCAAGCGCUGUGAUUUCUUCUUCUAUCGGGAGUAAGUCAUCGCAAGAUCUAAGAACUCCCCUUCUCACAACUGAUGAACCACAUGACACAAGCCAGCAGAAUAGAGAGGAAACUUCAGGCUCUCAGUCAUUAUCUAGGGCUUUGACAGAGUUUGGAAGGCCGAGUGACGUAGUUGAUGAGAAUGAUCCAAGGCCAAAGAAGAUGGGGAGGAGGGCAAGGAUGCUUGAUUUGGGGAAGAAAAUGGGAGAGAAACUUGAAGAGAAGAGGCGUCACAUUGAAGAAAAGAGUAGGCAUAUUGUUGAGAAGAUGAGAGGACCUUGAGACAACUGAAACAGAAACUACCAGCUAAAGUUCACUAGGUAUUCUUGAUACUUUCAUUCAUUUUCUGCUUAAAACGCCCUGAAUGUCAACGUGAAAAAAGAAUAGUAUUACUGGAGGAUGGAUGAGCUUUAUUUGGAUAUUAGUUAACUCAUUCAAAUACUUCUGUUCAUCAAAUACAAAAAACUAUAUUUGGUUCUGACAUGUUAUCUCAUCAUCCACAAGGGUAUACAUUAUUACAUAUGUAAAUGUGUAGAAAAUUGAAGGCAUCUUUGGCUUCAGCUAGACAUAUCAUCAUGUAUAUCUUUAAACUACGAAAUUGUUUAUUUUUCCUCGAAAUCAUAGGAGUCUCCCUGCCUAAUCCCCUUGAAUAUGCUUUGUUUCCAAUUUUAGGGAGAGAAAUAUCAGAAAAGAAAGCAAAGAGACCCAUACAAUGUUUAGUGAAGUAUAUUUUGCCAUCUUUGGUUAAUAUAGUUGCUGCAUUUAUAGAACAUUAAGGGGCUGAUGUUUAGUAAAAA